AUGGUGCAACCUCUCACUGAGCACAUCUUGGAGAACUUAGAGCGCGUGGGUUUGUCGACUGCCAAAGCUGCAGUCCCCCUGCGGCGCCCGGCGAAGGCGGCGACCUCAACGCCACGCAGUGAUGCUCCCACGCCCAAGCAGAGACCUUCCACCCCGGGAGGCACCCCCCGGGUGCUCAUCAACGGCACCCCGCGAGACAGAGAUCGCACACCACGCGAAGGCAGCGCGCCGGCCAACGGCAGCAAUCCCCGCUUCCUGCAGCUUUUCCAGGACUCUGUACAAAAGAAGUACCGCCUCUACCGGCUCAAGCAGCAGGUUGAGCGAGACCAAGAGCAGAGGACACAGGCCAGUGCGCAGGUAGCGCCGGGCACCACCCGCUAUGCUGCUUGGCAGCGGCGGGGGGACACCGCAGCCCUUGGAGAGAGGCUCCACAAUGACGCGGCCAAAAGGGCCUUGAAGAUGCGUCAUUUGCAGGAGAUGGUGGAGGAGGAGCGAAGGAUGCAAGAGCAGCAAGAAGCCACGUUCCGCCCCGCUAUCGAGGUCUCACAGCGCAGAUGCCAAGGGACAUCCAGGUCUCUUCAAGACCCAGAGGGCCUGAAAAAGAGGAUGAAGAUGCAGAGGUUGCGCAACAUGCAAGAGAAGGCGGAGCUUGAUGGCUGCACCUUCAAGCCGGAGAUCGACCAAAAGUCCGAAGAGCUGAUAAGCCAGCGUUUGGCGCGGCUGAAGAUCACGGGGACCCUGUACGACUCUCUCUACGAGGAUGCCAUUCGAAGACGCGAACGGCAGCUGGAGUCGUUGCGGGCACUGCCUCCUGGCGUGACGUUCCAGCCCGAUAUCGGCAUGGACCACUACCGGCCUCCCAAUGACGAGACGAAGGAGGACUUCCUCAACCGAUUAGCCUACUCAAAGAGCUACUCGGAGAGGUGGCUCUCCCUGCGGCGUCAGUCGCAAGAGAAUGGCUUCCGGUCAAAGGACCGGGAGCAGCCCGAGUUCCACCCACAGACAGGGAGAGGCCCGCUGGUGGAGCGAAACAGGGCCGGCCUUCCAAUCGGCGACUUUUUGUACGAGUUUGGUCGGGGCAAAGCAACCUCGGUCACUGCGCAGGUGCCACAGGACCCCGACCAGUCGCCAGCUCCCAAAAUGGGUGAUAACUCAAGACAGCUCUUCGAGGAGACAAAGAGACGGUCCUACCGGCAUCUCUUCGACAGCUUGACGGCGAAGGAUCCCGAGGGCCAGCUGGCAGCGGACACGAUCACCUUGGACGGUCAGGAUGCAGACUUGUGCGAGUUCCUGCGGCCCUUGGUGUCUUUCUUGGAGGCCACGGGCAAGCGCAUAGAUUUCUCUGCCUUCGGUGCUGCUAUGGACCUCCACCGUCAGCAGGCCGUCACGCCUACAGCCCACCUCUUCGCGCGGAAUGCGGCUAAGAACGGCAAGGUGAAGGGCGAUGAGGAGCCACCGGUCCCCAGGAUCGAUCACAACAGCCAUCGUCUUGCUGCCCGGCAUAGAUCCCGCAGUGUGCCAGUUUACGAGCAACUCCACCGCGAACGCGACAUCAGAGAUGCGCGCAUGGAGGAGCGUCGGCUUAUGGCAGAAGAGCAGGAACUGCAGGAGUGCACUUUCCGGCCAAAGUUGCGAAGCCGCAGUGCCGGGAACCUCUCUCGCCUCCCUAGCCCCCGCGGUCACACCAGACUCUUCGGAGAGUUUGCCCGGAGCGCCUCCCUGCAGAGAGACGGCAUCAUGUCGCCUCGGGGAGGACCUGGCGUCCAGUCCAGGGUACCUCCAAGGACGCCGAGAGGCCCCGGUCUUCCCGGAGGGCCGGGACCCAUCUCCAAGGGGACAGGGGAGGCUAUGCCCAAGCUGCCGCGACCUGGUACCCCACGGACAGCAUUAGCGACGGCUUUGCCACCCUCCACCCCUCCUGGCCCGCACGUUCCGGCGCCUUCACCAGGCCAAGGACCAGAGACGGAAGUGCCGCAAUAUGCGACAGCGGAGGCUGGCACGGAUCCUUCGCAAUGA